GUCUCCAACAACCUCUUUGCUUUAAGAUUUAGACAUCUCUUGUACAAACAAAAAUAAAGAGCGAUUAUCUGAAAUGAGUUGCAACCCCUUCUCUCUCCCUCUCUUCUAUCAACCAACAACCAGUUGGUAAGAUAGCAUCAUCUUAGAGUUCCAUUUAACCAAUGCAUGCUGCUCUUAUUGACAAAGAUCACUGCCAUAGACAAUAUGAGAAAUUUCAUUGCAAUUUGCGUUUUAGCCAUGUUUUGUUCUUAUGCAGCUGCCUAUGAUCCUCUGGAUCCAACUGGGAAUAUCACAGUUAAAUGGGAUAUUAUGUCUUGGACACCAGAUGGCUAUGUGGCAACGGUGUCCAUAAACAAUUUGCAAAUGUAUAGACACAUACUGAGCCCGGGAUGGACACUGGGCUGGACAUGGGCCAAGAAAGAAGUGAUCUGGUCCAUGGUGGGUGCACAAACCACAGACCAAGGCGACUGCUCCAUGUUCAAAGCGGCUAUACCGCAUUGCUGCAAGAAGACCCCAAAAGUGGUAGACUUACUUCCUGGUGUUCCUUACAACCAACAAUUCUCAAACUGCUGCAAAGGUGGAGUCUUGGCUUCUUGGGGACAAGAUCCUCAGUCUUCAGUUUCUGCUUUCCAAAUCAGUGUGGGCCAAGCUGGUACUACAAACAAGACUGUCAAACUCCCUAAGAACUUCACUUUACUCGGGCCUGGACCCGGUUACACUUGCGGUCCAGCGAAGAUUGUCCCAUCAACUAAAUUUUUUACCACGGAUCUCAGACGUAACACACAGGCUCUCAUGACAUGGAAUGUAACAUGCACAUAUUCUCAAUUUCUAGCACGCAAACACCCGAGUUGUUGCGUAUCACUUUCCACUUUUUACAAUGAAACUAUCACUCCUUGCCAGCAUUGUGCUUGCGGAUGUGAAAACAAAAACAAAUGCAUCAAACAGGAUUCAAAACUCCUAAGUGUAGUAGGGAUAAACACUCCAAGAAAAGAUAAUGCGCCAUUAUUGCAGUGCACACAACACAUGUGCCCUAUUAGGGUUCAUUGGCAUGUGAAGAUCAACUACAAAGAAUACUGGCGGGUGAAAAUUUCCAUAACAAACUUCAACUAUAGGAUGAAUUACACGCUAUGGACACUCGUUGUUCAACACCCUAAUCUCAACAAUGUGACACAAGUUUUCAGCUUUGAUUACAAACCACUCGUUCCCUACGGAUCCAUCAAUGACACAGGAAUGUUCUAUGGGAUGAAGUUCUACAAUGACUUGCUAAUGGAGGCUGGGAAGUUCGGGACUGUACAGUCAGAAGUUCUUCUCCAGAAGGACAAAGACAGCUUCAGCUUCAAGCAAGGAUGGGGAUUUCCCAGGAAGGUGUACUUCAAUGGAGAUGAGUGCAUGUUGCCACCACCUGAUACUUACCCAUAUCUACCCAACUCUGCUCCAUACCAACACACACUCCUCUUCUCACCAUCGAUUUCUGCAAUUCUUUUGCUAUUCUAUGUAUUGUUUUGAUCAUAUGCCCUACCCUAUCGCUCUGGUCAACUAGAAUUUUUGAAGGUAUAAUAUACAGGCAACUUAUUUAAAGUAAUCAGAAUUUUGUACCGAAACUUAUCGAAAAUGUGCAAUUGCAUCUUUAUACGAAUAGAA